AUGUCUUUUGCAUCCCGUGUUUUUGCCAUUACCGGCGGCGCCUCUGGCAUGGGCCUAGCAGUCGCGAAGCUUCUUUCGAAACAAGGAGCGGCCGCGGUUUGCGUUGGCGAUUUGAACAAGAAGAAUUUUGAAUCAGCUACCAAAGAGAUUCGUGCUGAGAAUCCCGACACUGCCGUCGACAUGUCCGCCCUCGACGUGUCCAAGUCAGCAGCUGUGGAAGAAUGGAUUUCGAGCAUCGUACACAAGUACGGCCGACUUGACGGUGCCGCCAAUGUAGCUGGCGUACCCCAAGUUGCUAGGCAGAGUAGUGAAGCCGGACCAACACUGCUGGACGAAUCCGACGACAUAUGGCGUCUGCAUAUGGGAGUCAACUUGGACGGUGUCUUCUACUGUACACGCAGUCAAGUGAGAGCCAUGACAGCCCUGCGUCACAAAGGAGAUAAAACGGAAAGAUCCAUCGUGAACGUGUCAAGUAUGGCGGCUUUGAGCAAUGGACCUUCAUGUUUGAGCUACGGCGUGGCCAAAACUGCCGUUGUAUCUUUGGGUGCUCGUAUCGCGAAAGACGUUGCGCCUUUUGGCAUCCGCGUCAAUACAGUUCUUCCAGGUGCUACAAAUAGCCCCAUGCUCUCGCAAUUCUUCCCUGGAGACGCCAAAAGCAUUGUGGCAACUCUGGGAUAUGAUAUAUUGGAGCCGGAGGAUAUUGCUCGAACCAUUGUCUACCUUCUCAGCGAUGAAUCCAAGAAGAUUUCUGGAGUCUCACUCCCGGUAGGAAGUGGACAUUGA